AACUCUGGCAUUGCUGGGGCUCCUGACUGAGAUUUUUCUUUCACUUUGCAAAGUUUCUGAUGGGCGGGACAUCUAGCAAUCCCUUUAAUUCCCAAGCUGUGUUUCAACUUCCUUUUGGAGCAAGUGGUUUCCUGCACUUUUCACAGUUUUUAGCAGAGGGGAACUUGACACAGUGGUGAGCACUGUCAAUGCUAGAUGUGCCCUGAAGGGUCUCCAAAAUGAGAUUUCCAGCAAAAAUUGUGUGGCUUGUGUUGUGGACUGUUUGUGUUGCACAAGACUGUAGAGAACCCCCUCCCAGAAAAGAAACAGAAAUCCUGUCAGGUUCUUGGAAUGACCAAACAUAUCGAGAGGGCACUCAGGCUACAUAUAAAUGCCGCCCUGGAUACAGAACUCUGGGGAGUAUCGUAAUGGCGUGCAGGGGUGGAAAAUGGGUGUCUCUUCAUCCAUCAAGGAUAUGCCGGAAAAAGCCGUGUGCACACCCUGGAGACACUCCAUUUGGUUCUUUCCAUCUUGCAGAAGGCACUCAGUUUGAAUAUGGUGCAAAGGUUGUUUAUACGUGUGAUGAGGGGUAUCGGAUGCUGGGUGAGAUGAAUUUCCGUGAAUGUGACACAAAUGGAUGGACCAAUGAUAUUCCCAUAUGUGAAGUUGUUAAGUGUUUCCCAGUGACAGAACCAGAGAAUGGGAAAAUUUUCAGUGGUGCCCUGGAACCAGACCAAGAAUAUACCUAUGGACAAGUGGUACAGUUUGAGUGUAAUUCAGGUUACAUGCUGGAUGGACCCAAACAGAUACAUUGCUCAGCUGGUGGUGUUUGGAGUGCAGAAACACCAAAAUGUGUAGAAAUUUUCUGCAAACCACCAGUCGUUUUAAAUGGACAAGCUGUACUUCCAAAGGCAACUUAUAAGGUAAAUGAACGAGUUCAAUAUAGAUGUGCAGCCGGUUUUGAAUAUGGUGAGAGAGGAGAUACAGUAUGCACUAAAUUUGGAUGGACUCCAGCUCCUGCUUGUAAAGAAAUAAUAUGUGAUCCUCCUCGUAUUCCAAAUGGUGUGUACAGACCUGAAUUAAGCAAAUACAGAGGUCAAGAUACAAUCACUUACGAGUGUAAAAAGGGUUUUGUUCCUGAGAUCCAUGGAACUGUUGCAACGUGUACUAGAGAUGGCUGGGUACCUGCUCCAAGAUGUACCUUGAAACCUUGUAAUUAUCCAGUCAUAAAACAUGGACGGCUACAUUAUCCAUACAGAGGAUACUUCCCAGCACGUGUGAAUCAACAGUUUUCCUAUUACUGUGAUUGGCAUUUUGUGCCUCCUUCACAAAGUUCCUGGGCUUACCUGACUUGCACAGCAGAAGGAUGGUCUCCAGAAGAACCAUGCCUCAGACAAUGUAUUUUCAAUUAUUUGGAAAAUGGACAAACCCCACGUCGUGAAGAAAAAUAUUUACAGGGUAAAACUGUAAGAGUAGACUGCUAUCACGGCUACAGUCUUGAAAACCAUCAGAACACAAUGACCUGCACAGAGAACGGCUGGUCUCCUCCUCCCAGAUGCAUCCGUGUCAAAACAUGUUCAAAAGACAAAGUAAGAAUUGAGAAUGGAUUUUUGUCUGAAUCUGCAUUUACAUAUCCCCUAAAUAAACAAACAGAAUAUAAGUGUAAACCAGGAUAUGUAACAGAAGAUGGUAAGACAUCAGGAUUAAUUACAUGUCUGCAGAAUGGAUGGUCAGCUCAACCUGUAUGCAUUAAAUCCUGUGACAGGCCAGUAUUUGAGAAGGCCAGAGCCAAAAGUGAUGGCACGUGGUUCAGGCUGAACCACAGGCUGGACUACGAAUGUCUUGACGGGUAUGAGAACCGAGACGGACGCACCACAGGCUCCAUUGUAUGUGGUCAAAACGGCUGGUCCGAUAAAGCUGCAUGCUACGAAAGAGAAUGCAGUAUUCCCGAAAUGGAUACAUACUUAAAUGCUUAUCCCAGGAAAGAAACAUUUAAAGUUGGAGAUGUGCUGAAAUUCUCCUGCAGUCAAGGCCGUAUUAUGGUUGGAGCAGAUUCAGUUCAGUGCUACCACUUUGGAUGGUCCCCUAAACUUCCAACGUGUAAAGAAGGGAAAGUAAAAUCGUGUGCUCCACCUCCUCAACUUCUCAAUGGGAAAGGGAAAGAAAUACACAAAGAAGAAUAUGCACACAAUGAGGUCGUGGAAUAUGCUUGCAACCCCAGAUUUCUGAUGAAGGGUUCUCAUAGAAUUCAGUGUGUUGAUGGAGAAUGGACAGCUUUACCUGUGUGUAUUGAGGAGGAGCGUACCUGUGGAGAUAUACCUGACAUUGAUCACGGCGAUGUCAAGCCUUCUGUCCCUCCCUAUCACCAUGGAGACUCAGUAGAGUUCAGUUGCAGAGAAGCAUUUACAAUGAUUGGACCCAGAUUUAUCACGUGUAUUAGUGGAGAGUGGACCCAGCCUCCUCAGUGCAUUGCAACAGAUGAACUUAAGAAGUGUAAAUGGUCAAAAUUAUUUCUACCUGAUGGAGAACUGGCACAUAAAAUUGGAUAUGAUCAUAACACCAACAAAAGUUACCAAUGCCGAGGAAAAUCAGAACUCAAACACUCAAUCUGUAUAAAUGGAAAAUGGGAUCCUAAAGUAGUCUGCAAAGAAGAAGCACAAAUACAACCAUGCCCACCUCCACCUCAUAUUCCCAAUGGUCGAGAUAUGACAACUACAGUGAAAUAUCAAGAUGGAGAAAAAAUAUCAAUUCUAUGUAAAGAAAAUUAUCUAAUUCAAGAUGCAGAAGAAAUUGUGUGCAAGGAUGGAAGAUGGCAGUCAAUCCCACGUUGUAUUGAAAAAAUUGGAUGUUCUCAACCACCUCAAAUAGACCAUGGAACCAUUAGCUCAUCUAGUUCUACAGAAGAAAGGAGAGAAAUACAUGAACAAAGGCUGUAUGCACAUGGCACGAAUUUAAAUUAUACUUGUGAAGAAGGCUUUGAGAUAUCCGAACAUAAUGUGAUAAUAUGCCAAAUGGGAAAGUGGAGCUCUCCACCUCAGUGUGUAGGACUCCCUUGUGGACAUCCACCUUAUAUUCUGAAUGGUGUUGUAUCUCACAAGAAAGACAGCUACCAAUAUGGAGAAGAAGUUACUUACGACUGUGAUGAAGGGUUUGGAACUGAUGGACCUGCAUCUAUGAGAUGUUUAGGAGGGAAAUGGUCUCGUCCACAAGAUUGCAUAAGCACAAAUUGUGUUAACUUGCCCACCUUUGAUGAUGCUGUACUCAUAGAUCAGGAGAAGGAUUUCUAUAGGUCAGGAGAACAAGUGGCUUUUAACUGUCUGCCAUAUUAUCAGUUGGAUGGAUCUAAUACUAUACAGUGUGUGAAGAGCAAAUGGAUAGGAAGGCCAGCGUGCAGAGAUGUUUCCUGUGUGAAUCCACCUCAAGUGGAAAAUGCUGUUAUACAAAAUCAGAAAUCUAGAUAUCAAAGUGGUGAGAAGGCACGUUAUGAAUGCAUCAGGAAUUAUGACCUCUUUGGGGAGAUAGAUGUCGUAUGUUUAAAUGGAACUUGGACAAAACCACCUCAGUGCAAAGACCCUCAAGGAAAAUGUGGGCCUCCUCCACCAAUCGACAAUGGAGACAUUACUUCACUCCUGCAAUCAGUAUAUCCUUCAGGAAUGGUUGUUGAGUACCAGUGUCAGGCCUACUAUGAACUUCGGGGAAACAGAAACAUAAUAUGUCGGAGUGGAGAGUGGUCACAACCACCAAAAUGCUUAGAGGCAUGUGUAAUUUCAGAAGAAACAAUGAGACAACAUCACAUACAGUUAAAAUGGAAAGACGAUACAAAACUUUACUCUAAAACAGAAGAUAAUAUUGAAUUUACGUGUCAACGUGGUUAUCGUCCAGUGACAGCAGAACAUACAUUUCGAACAACUUGUCGGGAAGGAAAGGUGGUGUAUCCUAGCUGUGGAAAAACCUUUGGCUAAAUGCAUUUGUAAAAUUGACAUAUGUAUAUGUAUUCAGAUUUCUCCUUAUUAAUUCAGUUCUGUUUAUUUUAUCAAGUAUGUUUUAACUCAACUUGAAUCAUAAGUCAGAUUUGUGUUAAUUAUUAUGGGGACAAUGCAAUUGAGAGAUGGGAAACCAAUGAAUCACUUCUUAAAAGUACCUCAUUAAACUUGGCAAAUCAAAA